GAUCUGACCGAGGGGCGAUGGCUGAGAAUAACCUCAAGACGAGCCAUAUGGCCAUCGUCUUGGGGAUUGGCCUGGGUGUCGUGCUGCUCAUUAUCCUGAGCUUACUUCUCACCAUCGUUAUCAACCGACGUGAUCGCCAGGCUUUUCUGCAAUCUCGGAAAUCUCCGGAUGAGCGCCUGCGUAAUCUGGACGUGGUUGCGCAGACUCGCACGCUGGAAGACUGGUUUACCAGUACGAAAGACAAAAUGGGUCUUUCCGACGCUGUUGAUAGCCAAUUUGUCUGUGCCGUCUGCCUGGAGCAAGUCAACCGAUCGGAGGAAAUCCGGGAAUUGCGAUGUUUGCACGUAUUCCACCGGGAGUGCUUGGAAAAGUGGUUUUUGGGUGACCACUUCAACUGUCCGCUUUGUCAUAGGGCCUAUUUUGUAGCAGACAACCCGCCGCGGAAUGAUUAUGUAUGGGCGGUAUGA